AGUUGGGUUCUAGUUCCGGUUCCAGCCUGCUCCUGCUAGCUUGGAUCCUCGGAGCUCUCUCUGGUUCUGUCCGGUUCUGGAGAUGGGGGAGGCCGAAGUGACCCUCAGUCAGGCCGAGGAGAAGCCCCCGGACUCGGCUCUGGUUCUCGGGGAGGACUCGGUGGUGUGGAGCCAUGAAGUGGAGGUGUGUCUUUUCCACGCGAUGAUCGGACACAAACCAGUGGGCGUGAACCGUCACUUCCACAUGAUCUGCAUCCGGGACAAGUUCAGCCAGAACAUCGGCAGGCAGGUGUCCUCCUCCAUCAUCUGGGACCACCUGGGGACCAUGUACGACAUGCAGGCCCUGCACGAGUCUGAGAUCCUGCCGUUUCCAAACACGGAGAAGAGCUUCUCUCUGCCGGAGGAGAUCAUCCAGGAGGUGAAAGGAGGGAAGCUGGGCUCAGAGGAGGAGACCAAGGAGGAGGUCAGGAUGGACAGAGAACCUCCUGCUACGCAUGAAGAAGGAAGUAACUCCUCUGUGAAGAUGACGGAGCGAACGAGCGGCGGUGGCGGCCGCGAGAAGGAGAAGGGAGGAGGGGAAGGAGGACCGGCAGGAGGAUCCAAAGAAGCCGAAAAGAGGAAGAGGAGCCGAGCCACAGAGAAACUGCUGUCGUCUUCCAACCCGGCGAGCCCGGGAGGCGCCAAGAGGAGGCGCACCUGAGAGCCGGACUCUGAUUGGCUGCCGCAUCCUGCUCACAGCACCGGACCCCAGCAGGAGGAAGUGACGCGGUUUAGGACUUCCUGUUUUUCCUUUGUUGUUUUCCCUCCUCUGCAUCGCUGCUCCAUGAGGCUGAGCAGAACCCAGUAGAACCCAGGCUG